AUGGAGUACAUGAGCAGACUGCUUAAGAAGAUGCAAAUGAAUCCUUAUUUCAAGCAUCAUUCAAAGUGUGGGAAGCUGGCUAUAACCCAUCUCACUUUUGCAUAUGACAUCCUUCUAUUCUCCAGAGGUGAUAUGAAAUCUAUUGAUGUGAUGAUGCAAGUCAUGGACACAUUUUAUUCCUCUACAGGACUGGUGGUGAAUCUUAUGAAAUAUUAUGUCUACUUUGGAGCUGUGGAUAUAUAUACAAAGCAUGAUAUUCUGGCCAGUACUGGGUUUAAUGAAGGUGUGCUACCUUUUAGAUAUUUAGGAGUGCCCGUUUCUAGUAAGAAACUCACUAUGAAUCACUAUCUCCCUCUCAUUGAGAAAAUUUUAAGCAGGAUAAAUCACUGGAGUGCUAAACUUUUAAGCAUAGCUGGCAGAAUCCAAUUGGUGAAAGUUGUUGCUACUUCUAUUGCCAACUACUGGCUGCAGUAUUUCCCUGUACCAAAGGCAGUUAUACAAAAAAUUAACACAGCUACGAGAACAUUCAUCUAG